AUGAGGGGUAACAGUGAUGAGUGGGGAGAGGGAGAUCACCCAGCAGCUGGGGAUGGUUCUGCAAAGAGAAGUGAUCAUGAUGAUGUUUUGGAAUUGAAGGAAAGUUUAGUUUUGUAUGAAAAGGCUUCCUCUGCUAAGGUCAGCUGGGGUAAAAGUAAUGCUUUCUUCGUCAGUAACUGGCAUACAGGUGAUAUCCAACAAUGGCAUGGAAGUUCAGGCUGGGGAUGGAAUAGGAUUAAAAUUCUGCAAAAAGUGAUGACUUUCAGUGACAGAAUUGCGAAGGUGUGCAGGAUAAAGUGGAACCUAAGUUGUCUAAAUGGAAAUGGACUCUACCUCAGCUGUCCUGCAGAGAAGCUCACCAAUAAUCUGGUUACCUCUUUUCUGUGGCAUAGGCUUGUCAUGAUGAUCCCUCCAGAUGGACUUCUUGCAGACAUCCAGCGUCUCAUUGUGGAUUUCUUUUGGUCUGGGCAUCACUGGCUUCUGUACUGUUCCUACCUGCGUCAGAAGGGGGAUAAGGACUGA